AUGAUCGCCUGGUUCAGUUUCUUUUUGCUAUCCCUUCUCUUCAAUAAUAAUGUACACGCAGCAUACCAACCCGAUGGCCAUAAUAUUGCGUUAUAUUGGGGUGCUGGUGGUGGCCAGAAAAGUCUUGGAUAUUACUGCAAGUCUGGAGCUGCCGAUAUCAUGAUGAUCUCGUUCUUGAAUAACUGGAACGCUGACUCUUGUUCUUUCAACUUCGGCAACGCGUGUGGUGCUUCUCCUGGUCCAUGCACCCAGAUUGAAGAGGAUAUAAAGACAUGUCAAAGUUUAGGGAUCAAAGUUCUCCUCAGUUUUGGUGGUGAUGACCGUCGUGGAAAGUAUGGGUUGAAAAACGAUCUCCAAGGGGAAAGUUUGGCCGAAGUGUUCUACAACAUGUUCCAUCCUAACGGUAAUGCCACUGUCAAGCCAUUUGGUACUGCAGAAAUUGAUGGUAUUGAUUUUGACAUUGAAAACGGUAAUGACAAUGGAUUGGCGGCGUUGGUCACCAAGCUCAGAAGCCUUUGGACUACAAAGACGUUACUUGUUUCUGCUUGUCCCCAAUGCCCAUAUCCUGAUGGGAACGUUUUGAAUUUGUUGAAAGAUAAAAACGCUAAAGUUGACCUUGCAUUUAUUCAAUAUUACAACAACGCUUGUGGUAUUAACCAUGCUCUGAAGUUCAAGAAAAACUGGAAAGUUUGGGAGAAUUUCCAACAAACUUUGGCAGGGAAUUCUAACUUAAAGUUGUAUAUUGGUAUGUCUGCUUCAUCGGGAUCUGGAUACACAAAACCUGCCGCAUACGUUAACGAGACUUCAGCAGAUGCCAGAACUUUUGGUAACUUUGGUGGAUUUUUCUUAUGGGAUGCCGCCAGUGGGUUCACCAAUGUCGAUAAAACCACGGGUCUUAACCAAAUUUACGGGAUCAGAAACAUUAUAAGAGACGAAGUUGUCACCUCUUCCGUCAUUACCAGCUCAGCCACUUCUACCAGUCUUAGUACAUUUGUCUCCCUGGCCACCGAAACCCUUGUUAGCACCUCCACUUCCAUUUUAACCGUUUCUACAACCGAAUACACUCGUGUCACCGAAACUUCUACCGUUACUUCUACUUCUGGCCAAUCUACUGAAAAAUUUACUGUUUUGCUUGCUCAUGGUACUAAUGUUCCUACAGUAUUUGUGUCUACGGAUCUUGCGGAAAGUACUGAAGUCACCGUUGUUCAAUCUACUUCGAUUUCCACCUCGUUAUCUGCUUCGGCUACUACCACUACCACCACUUACUUGUCAGAAAUUUCCACUUCCACUGCGUCUUCUUCCUCUUCAUCUUUAAUUGCUAAUGCCAAAAGAAUGGCACCAACAACUUCAGAGUCUUCCCUGGUCAUGGCUACAAAAACCUCGCUUUCCACCGUAUUGACGACAAAUGCUGCUGGAGCUCAGGCAAAACGUGUAAUCACAAUUGUUUCCACCAUAGCCAUACCACAGUCUCUUCAUUAA